UUGUACUUUCCCUUUAAGCGAGGAUAAAAGGCUGUUGUGUAAUUUGGGUGAAAGAGGAGGAGGAGGAGGAGGAAGGGACAGCUUUAUCUGACAGACCGAAGAGGACUCGGACAGGUAGGUUAUACUCAUGUACCGCCGGUGAUAACUGCGCUAUAAUGUGUAUUAAUGGGCCAGUUUAACAUCUUUGGUUGUGUUAUUCAGGUAGUCAGUUUGUGUAACCUUCAGUGUCCUGAUUGAGAUCAUGUUUAAGAGACGAUGAUUUCUCCUUCACGUUAGAGAGAAACAUCAUAACCGGGAAACACGUGUAUCUGAGGAGUUAUUAGUAUGCUUACUGCUCAUAAAUGCUCCAUACUAUUAAGUUAUCUUUCUAAAUAUGUAAGCUCUAAAUUUUAAUUUGAAAGUAUCAGGAAAGGGAAGUCCGUUUCCUGAUACCUUCACCGGUGUUUUCUAACGUCUCCCUGUGGUACCGAUGAUAUCAGAACUUAUGUAACAGGACCACAACUUCAUUUAGGGCCACUUUACCUCUAAGUUUCAACUGAGGUGAUAUUUUCAAUGUGGUUUCUGUUUGAACGAUUUUUGUUUGUUCGUUUGUUUUUUUAGACCUUAAAGCUUCUAUAAGGAAGUUUAGGUAGUUUCGAAACAGUCAGAAAUGAACACUGAUGCCUCUAUACGGCCUGAAAAACCAAUCAAUCACUCAAUCAAUCAACUUUAUUUCUAUAGCACAUUUAAAAGAACCACCAGGGUAGCCAAAGUGCUGUACAUUGCGACAUAAAAACAAAUAAAACAAGCAAAAAACAAGAUAGAGUGAGAAAAAAAUACAUAAAUGCAAUAAAUAAAUAAAUAAAUAUAUACAGGCUCACGGCAAGUGCUAAGAUGAUAACAAACAAAAUAACACUAAAAUGUAUUAAAAGCCAAGGAAUAAAAGUGCAUUUUUAAAAAAGGGAUUUAAAAACAGGAAACGAGGAGGCCUGUCUAACAACACCAGCAGAGUGAUUGUUCACAGUAAUUAUGUAUGCUUUUGCAGCUGCAGGGUAGAUGUCGGAUAAGGAGACAAUUUCAUGCCAAAGAUGAACAUUUAAGAUAAAGUAAGAUACAAUUUUUUAAGUGUAGCAUACAAGACAAUACAAGUAAAGAGCGUAGAGGCACUGCUUUGUCCACAGGGGGUGCUAAAGGUUAUCACAGGAGCUUUGAUAAAAUUGCAACAAUUGCACACCCACAAUUAAAACUUCAAUUAUUGAUGACAGAGGCAGUGCAAUUUGAUGAGCAUACCACCAUACUCCACAAACUCACCCACACUCACCAACAUCAGGACCAAGGUUAUAAUAGUUUUGGAUUUGUCAUCAUAGUUUAGUUUUAGUUAGUUUUGACAUUGUUUUUCUCAUUAUAGUUUAGUAUUAAUAAGUUUUAGAGUGGGCAUUCUAGUUUUUAUUUUGUUUUGAUUUUUGUGACAAGGCUUAGCUUAGUUUAGUUUUAGUUUAGUUUUAGUUUAGUUUUAGUUUUCUCAUACCUUAUUUUUCAGGUGCAGGAUUCAAAAAGACCAGAGUACGUAUUUCGUAAUACUGUUUAUUUUCAAGUCCAACAUAGUGCUCACUGCUCAGUCAAUGCUGAUACUGUACUGUUGGCUGCUGCCUUAAACACAAGAAAAUGAUAGAAACUUAAUAUAAAAAAUAUAAACAUACAGGCGGGAGGCGGGACACUGCCGCCUCCUCCCAACUUUAGCCAUUUCUUCCAAGUUGUUCCAACAACACAAGCUCCGUCGCAGCACAGCGCACAGCGCACAGCCAUGAUAUAUUAUCAUGUUAUAUGUGUGUGUGUAUUUAUUCUGGGAUUAUCUUGAGUUUUGUAAACCUCUGCAGGAGCUGUUUUAAAUUAAACCCUGACAAUGAUCAUAAUUUCGAGAAAGAAAAAUUUCUCAAAUACUAAAGUUUGAGAAAAACAUACAACACAAAUAAAAUGGAUGAGUGUGAUUUAUGGUUUAAGACAGAAAACAAGUGAGGAAAACGCUGAAACAUCUUGUAGCAAAUGCACCAUUAUUAUUGAUUAUAUGGCCUGUUUUAGAGAUCAGCCCAUGUAUACAGUAACACACUUUCAUAAUAUUUGGAACAUGUGAGAGACCUCUGUCCCAAUUGAUUCAACCUCCAAUCCUGUCUCAAAAAGCAUUUAAAGCAAGUUCACUGUGAAAAUGAUGUUAUAUAACUGAUUUUAUGCUGUUGGCUGAUCAUGACAGUUUCUAAACCGUGUGAAAUGGACAUUUUUAAAGUGUGACAGUGAGCUGGAAAUGCCCACAAAGGUCAAAAGAUGUGAAAAAAAUCCCCAGUUUUAUUUAUAAAGAUAGAAUACGGUUCUGUAGGCAAGCUGUUAGAUAUCUAAGUUAUUAAUCUGAUAUUUUUAGAAAGUUUAGGAUUUAUAAAUAUUUAAAGGGGGGCAGACAGAGAGAUAAGUUGAGCAUCACUGGCCUGCGACUUUCCGGUAUAAAUAAACCUCUGCUUGAUUCAUUUAAACUCGUGUCACGUGAAAAAAUGAUAUCCUGCUGGUUUUACUUCUCACUUUGUAAGCUGUCAGAAACGAAACAGGCAGCAGAUGAAGUGAAUAUUUGUUUCCUGUGAUGUAUUUUAUUUUGAAGGAGUUAGCAGCCAUGGAGCUGGUCAUGCUGUCAGGAGGUGUUCUGGUCGUCCCCGUCCUCGCCUUCAUCACCUCCUUCCUGUUCUGGCCCGGAGCGCUGCUGAAGGUCUACAACUGGUAAUUAACGCUUACACACUUUCAAUUAAACUGUGGUUGGAAGGGUGUAUUAAAUAAAAGGUUAGGAUAGGAUAUCUGUAGAGAGAUGUCAAGUAGAGAGCGGGGAAAGUCAUGCACCAAAGGGUUAAGACCAAAAGUUGAACCAGUGACGGCAGUGUCAAAGAUGCCAGGACAAACUUACACAUUGGAGUCAAAAAGACAUAAAAGGACAUUUUCUCUUUCUGAGUAAAACAUCUCAAAACAAAGGUAAAAAAUACUUUGAAAUCAUCACAUUUUUCCUUAUUCUUUUAGAUCAGAUUAUGGUCCAACUCCCUGAUUUUGUCAGCAGCCUCAGUAAUCCCUGACCAGCUUAUAAUGAGCACAUUUAUUCUCUCUAGAGUAUGAACCCUUGAACCAUGUGAGAGACAACACACACACAUAUGACUUUAACCUACAUUCGCUCGUGUAUUCAACUUUAAAAUCUGCAUUAUUGAUUUUCAAAGUAAACAUAGUUUACCAGCAGGGCUCCAUGUUUCUGUUCACCUGGGUCUUUUAUUGUGAAGGAGCAGGACUGUUUGCGUGACCUCGCCUGGUGGACUUUGCCUGAGUUGUAAAAGAAAAUCUGCAUGUUGGCUAAUUUGCAGAUUAUGAUCGCUGAUUCAAACACACUUACACGCACUCGUACACACACACACAUACACAUACACACAGAGUGCUGAGUCAGAGUCAUAUAAUGGAGUUUUUGUCUUGGAGCUUUGAGCAUGAAAGAGACUAAAAUUGCCAAACUCUGUAAAUGUUAAAAAUUGGGAGGAUAAAAGAGGAGCAUUGUCUCUCUGCAGGGACUCAUAUAAGCUUUUUUAUGGGGGUACAACUGGUGCUCUGUGAGUCCAAACAGUCAGUCCGACAUGGAUAUUGAGUUUUUUAGAAGAUAACCGGCUGUUGGAUUUUGGUUUAGAAAUAUCUGUUCUCUCAGGAGAGCAGAGUUUAUUUUUAGCUACAAAAUUAAUGCAGCUCCGUGGAGGUUAUGUCAGUGUGUUUGUGCUACUUUGAUUUAGACAGUUUCAACAGCUCUUAGAUAAUGUUGCAGAGGAUGAAUCUGAUGAGCUUCAGAUUUCAGGGUUUUGGGGGAAACAUCAUGAAAACUUAUCAAUCGAUUGUCGCUGACUUCGCUUUGGACUGUGUUUCUCCCUCGUUUUGUUCCCAAAAUCUUCACCAACAGCAUCAGUAGUCAUUUCAGAGCUGUGUUUGUGUAUUUGUAUGGCAGGAGUCAAAAUGGGACACCAACUUCUGCAAACGGGGCCAUGACAAAUGUGUCCACACCACAUCUGUUUCUGCUGUAAUCCUCUGCAGGUACUGGCGUUGCAGACUCGGGUUGGUGGUCCGAUACUCCCACAGCGGAAAUUAUCGCUUCUGUUAUUCCAGCCGAGGUAAACCGGGAGACGACGCACCAUCCCUGCUGCUGCUGCACGGCUUCUCCGCCACCAAAGACAUGUGGCUGCCCGUCAUCAAGGUGAGACUCACACAGAAGCUGUUUCAAUCAUCAUGUACUGUAGCCCCUCCCCACCUCAGCUGAGAGGGAGAACAUCCUGGGAGCUCCUGAUUUAAUGAGUUAAUUAAUUAGAACCAUGACCCAGACUUGCAGCUCUGUCCUGAACUGUAUAGCUGGUUCACCCUGAACACAUUAUGCACUAAAACCAGGUCAGAAUUAUUCAGUAGAGAAAUCAAACCUUUGAUUUCAGUUGUGCGUUUGUUUUCUCCUCCAGUAUCUCCCUAAAAAUCAGUAUGUGGUGUGUGUGGACAUGCCGGGUCAUGAGGGAACAAGUCGUACUGGAGCCGAGGACUACAGCAUCCUGGGCCAGGUUGGCCGGAUACACCAGGUCUGUAGGAAAAGUUCAGAGAUCUUGUGAUGCUGUCAAACUGAUCAUAAAGCUUUCACUCGACAAAUACACUGAAACUUUUCUUUCUCUGUACCCUCCUGUUUGAUCUUCUACAUCUGUGCUAACUGAGCUGUGAGGGUGUUGCAGUUUUUUGUCACCUGACUUUGUUAAAUACUCGAUUCUGAUUGGACAAAACUCUGAACUUUGCUGGUGGGUAGCAGCUAAGUUUGGAGCUGCAGACGAUGCAUUAAAGGGCUGAAAACAGCGUUGUUUCUGUCGUCUGUCUUUGUGCAGUUUGUUCAGAGUAUCGGUCUGAAUAAAAAACCCUUCCACCUGAUCGGGACAUCGAUGGGAGGGAACGUCGCCGGCGUCUAUGCAGCUCAUCAUCCCUCUGACCUGUGUAGUGUCACCCUGAUCUGCCCGGCAGGUAAACUCAGCAGACACCUGAUCUUUCUGAUGUCGGAAACCUGAGACUGUUUGUGGGUAACUGAUCCUCCUCAUGGUGUGCAGGUCUGGUUUAUCCCACUGAGACUCCUUUCAUCAGCCGUCUGAGAGAGCUGGAGAAGAGUCAGCAGGAGGGGUCGAUCCCUCUGAUCCCCUCUACUCCUCAGGAGCUGGAGGACAUGCUGAGACUCUGCUGCUACACCCCCAUCAAACUCCCCAAACAGGUGAUCAUUUCUCAUUCACAAAGUGCCACGAGACAUAAAAAUACACAAAAACAUGAGGAUCCCACAGCAGACUAACAGGCGAACACAGAGUCUGAUCAGACCCAGGACAACAACAAGAAAACAAAUCUAUGAAAGAAGAAGAAAUAAAAGAAAUAAGUUAAAUGAAAUUAUAAAUAUUCUUUAAUGUACGAAAAGAAAUGGAUAAAAAAGAGCAAGAACAAAAAUAAAACACUAAUAAUGAGCAUUUUAAUAUCAUAUUACAUAUAGUAUUUAACAUUUAUAUAUUUAUUUAUAAUUUAUAUAUGUAUAACUAGAAUAGUUUUAAUUUCAUGAUAAUAUUUCAUGAUAAUAUUCAUAUAUAAAGAGUAACACAACAGUAGGUAAAGUUUAAAGAGGAAGUUGGUUUAGGGUGAAUAUUACAAAAGUUCCUGACCUGGAAAAAAAAGAGCAGCAGUCAGAGAAAGAACACAAGACGGAAAACAACAAAUCAUGUUGUUCAUGCUCACAUAAAUAGUUAUUGGCAAUAUAAGGCCUCUAUACAGACAAAUAUCUGUUUAUUCUUACACUCUAUAACACUAAAUAAUAAAAAAAGUCUGUACACAGUUGUACAUGGAUGCUAGGCAAGCUAAAACUAAAACAUUCACAAACAACAACAUAAAGUUCACAACAGUUAAUUCAGAUCAGGUUAUUUUAUUAUAUAUUUGUGAAUUAAUUUGAUUUCAAGUUUGGUCAGAGAAGUUUAAAUGAAGUUUGAUGUGUGUUUGAAGCUCAUAAUGUUUUUAUAGUUUCUGAUCAAUCUUUCUUCUUUAAAACUUUGGGAUCAUCCGGUUUGUUUUUGUGCUCAACUUGUUUAUUAGAGAUAUUUACAAUAAUGUGUGUGUGUGUGUGCGUGCACAUAUGUCUACUUCAGGUCCUGAGGGGUCUCCUUGAUAACAGGAUUCCUAACAAUGGUUUCUACAAAGAAGGUCAGUGUCUUGGUUUUUCCCCCUUAAAGCUCAGACCCUGAGUUUUUUUUGGUCCUUUAUUGUGGACUUUGUUUUUCUCCCUGAGGUCUCUGUAUUUCUGUUUGAGUUUGUUACGGUAUAAACUGGAUUCUUCCUCCUUGUUUAUCUGAUCUUGUCUUGGUACAGUUAUAGCAGCGUAAAUUCUCACAUCACUCAUUCAACGUCAUGCUCCAUCAUCAGGAUGGCCUGUGGGGCAAACAUCCACACAUUAAACUGAACUGAAUUAAAUAUGAAGAAAAACAAAAUCAUCGAAAACACUUGAUUAUUCACAGAUGUACAAAACAACAAAAAUCAGCAACAUCCUGUCUGAAAGCAACAAAAAACAUCAGUCCUUAGUCUAGAGGUUUUUCUCCUGAUAUCAUGUCUGGAAGUUUUAAGCACCUGCUUCAAGAGGGAAUAGUAUUUUAAGUAAUCUGAUCAGAUAUAAGACAGUGGACAAUCAGAAGGCGAUCAGGUCAGAUCAGGCGAUCCAUCUUUGGUAAACACCUCCAGUUUCAAACUUUUGAAGAGGAUUUUGAUUACUUUGUCAAAACAACAUCAGGUUUAUUUUGAUCCCUGCCAGAAUCCACAUGACAGUAACGUGAACAAUAAAUGUAACAAAACUUUUGUUCUGGGUCAAAUAGGAUAACAUUUUUAAAGCUGCUGCUAGUUUGAGCUGAUUCUGGCGGCCUCCUGUGGACAAAGAUGGGACCUUACGGCAUUGCGGAUCUCGUACGUACCAGGGUAGUCGUAAACAGUCUCAGUCUAAGUUCAGUCUGUGUCACAACCAGACAAAAACUCCUAUUGGUGGCUUUAAAUGAUGCUGGCACUUAAAGUGACCUCUCAUUGCUCCUAGAUUAGCUGACAACCCUUGUUGCUUUUUUAGUUAACAAAAUGUAAAUAAAGUGUCCUCUGGUUGCUCCUCUCAGAGCUUAAAGACAACAGUCUGCUCUUUCCAUUUUUCUGUUCUUCUGGUGUCGCACAGUUAGAUUGAGUUCAGUAGAAAUUAACCGUCAGAGUACAGUUUAUUCCACUCAUCUUCAUAUGAGCACCAGCUUUUCUUUGUAAUUCUGCUUUAAAAACUGCUGCUUCAAGCGCUCAGAAUGUUCUCUGUAACCUCUGUGUUUGUUUAGUAUUCAUGGAGAUCACCGGGGAGAAGUCUCGUCACUCGCUGCAGGAAAACUUGCAUCUGAUCAAAACACCUCUGCAGGUGAUCUGGGGGAAAGAAGACCAGGUAAGAAUGAAUCACAGCGAAGGAAAUCAACAACACACAGAUGAGACCGAUGUUAACGAACAAUGAUCUUCAACAGGUUAAAGUUCUGCAUGAAUUUGUACGUAAAUAAAAUAUAUUUUAUUUUUGGGGGAGUACCCAAAAGAAGAGUUUUCCCUCUACAGGGCGGCUCUCAGCAGUGUUUUAUUAUCUUAUUUUCAGAUUAUUGAUGCUUUUAUAGUUAAUGUGGAGAGAGUUUUGAAUAUUUUAGUGCAGUUUGUGGCAGGUGACCGACAAAAAUCAUCAAAUUCAAAAUAAACUGCUCAUAUCAAAAUGAUGAAAUAAAUUACAGCUGUAUCAGAGGGUCAUGGUAGCUGUCCCUAAAUUCACAAAAAUGCUGAGCAGCUACUAAACCACUCUCUGCCUGUUCAGGUGGUGCACUCUUCUGGGGCGACAGUCUUAAAGGGGGCGCUGCCACACUGCCAGGUGGAUGUGCUGGAGAACUGCGGUCACUCUGUGGCGCUGGAGCGACCCAGGAAGGCUGCGACCCUCAUCGUUGACUUCCUGUCUGCACAAGAAGUCAACAGUGAAAACUCAAAAAAGCUUUCCUGAAGUGGACUUUUAAGUUUUAUUGUUGACCCCUGACCUGAAGAGGGGCGGGGUGAAGACGCUGAAGACUGUGAGGAAGACGAGGAGGAACAUGAAGCUGAUUGAGAUUAUUCCAUUUUCUAGUUUGGUGUAAGAGUUUUCUAUGAACUCCUGUGAACGCACAAAGAGAGGCUGACUGUCAGAUACUUACACACCAACACACACAGACAUGCGUAUCCAAAACUCAUCUCUGUUUCAGAUGUUAAUGUCUUAGAAAACCAUUCCACGUUGGGAUUUUGCACAUUCCUCAUGCAGAAAAACUGUUUUUUCUCCUGUUUUUAUGUUUGCACUGUGUGUUGAGAGGCAUGUGUCCAUCUCUGAUUUAUUCAUAUUUAAUAUACUGUUUAUCAUUCUUAAACACGUUCAGGUUUAUUUAAUGUGUGUGAGGUAAUCCCAUGAUUCCAGCACCAGAACACAGAGUCUCUUUACACAGAUGACCGAAAUAAAUCUGCUGAGCAAAAGUUUCUCAACUGAUUGGUUGGAAUUUUUUUUUUUGGCAGUAUGGCUCCAGACCAGCAGGGGGC